GGUACCCAGGAAUCCAUGGCUGGUAUAAUUAGCACCAUCCAAGCGGGGAAGCUAUCCUGCCUCCCCAAGGAAAUGCUUUUGAGACUUGCACUUUCAUCCAAAGAAGAAGAUGGUGGCCUUGAAGGCUUCCACGGCUUCUUCCCUGCGGAGCCCGUGAGCCUUCCCAAGAAAAAGAAAUCCAAGAAGCUCAAGGAGAGCAAGUCCAAAGGGAAGCGGAAGAAGAAAGAGGGGAGCAACGAUGAGCUUUCAGAGAAUGAGGAGGAUCUGGAAGAGAAGUCAGAGAGCGAAGGCAGUGACUACUCCCCUAACAAAAAGAAGAAGAAGAAACUCAAGGACAAGAAGGAGAAAAAAGCCAAGCGGAAGAAGAAGGACGAGGACGAGGACGACAAUGACGACGGGUGCUUAAAGGAGCCCAAGUCCUCAGGGCAGCUCAUGGCUGAGUGGGGCCUGGACGAUGUGGACUACCUGUUCUCGGAGGAGGACUACCACACCCUAACCAACUACAAGGCCUUCAGCCAGUUCCUCCGGCCGCUCAUUGCCAAGAGGAACCCGAAGAUCCCCAUGUCCAAAAUGAUGACGGUCCUAGGUGCCAAGUGGCGGGAAUUCAGUGCCAAUAACCCUUUUAAGGGCAGCUCUGCGGCAGCAGCUGCGGCGGCUGUGGCCGCAGCCGUAGAGACGGUUACCAUCGCCCCGCCACUGGCCAUCAGCCCUCAGCAGGUGCCCCAGCCAGUGCCCAUCCGCAAGGCUAAGACCAAAGAGGGCAAGGGGCCUGGAGUGAGGAAGAAGAUUAAAGGCUCCAAAGACGGGAAGAAGAAGGGCAAGGGGAAGAAGGUGGCUGGGCUCAAGUUCCGCUUUGGGGGGAUUGGUGGCAAGCGGAAGAGGGGCUCUUCGAGUGAGGAAGAUGAGCGGGAGGAGUCGGACUUGGAUAGUGCCAGCAUCCACAGCUCCUCCGUGCGCUCUGAGUGCUCUGCAGCCCUGGGCAAGAAGAGCAAAAGGCGGCGCAAGAAGAGGAGGAUUGACGAUGGUGAUGGCUAUGAGACGGACCACCAGGACUACUGCGAGGUGUGCCAGCAGGGGGGGGAGAUCAUCCUGUGUGACACCUGCCCGCGGGCCUACCACCUCGUCUGCCUGGACCCCGAGCUGGAGAAGGCUCCCGAGGGCAAGUGGAGCUGCCCGCACUGCGAGAAGGAGGGCAUCCAGUGGGAGCCCAAGGAUGACGACGAGGAGGAGGAGGAGGGCGGCUGUGAGGAGGAGGAGGACGACCACAUGGAGUUCUGCCGGGUGUGCAAGGACGGCGGCGAGCUGCUGUGCUGCGACGCCUGCCCCUCCUCCUACCACCUGCACUGCCUCAACCCGCCGCUGCCCGAGAUCCCAAACGGUGAAUGGCUCUGCCCGCGCUGUACUUGUCCCCCACUGAAGGGCAAAGUCCAGCGGAUCCUGCACUGGAGGUGGACGGAGCCCCCGGCUCCCUUCACGGUGGGGCUGCCAGGACCCGAUGUGGAGCCGGGAGUGCCCCCCCCCAAGCCCCUGGAGGGCAUCCCCGAGAGAGAGUUCUUUGUCAAGUGGGCUGGGCUCUCCUACUGGCACUGCUCCUGGGUGAAGGAGCUACAGCUGGAGCUCUACCACACGGUGAUGUAUCGCAACUACCAAAGAAAGAAUGACAUGGAUGAGCCGCCACCCUUUGACUAUGGCUCUGGGGAUGAGGACGGCAAGAGCGAGAAGAGGAAGAACAAGGACCCUCUGUACGCCAAGAUGGAGGAACGCUUUUACCGCUACGGCAUCAAGCCCGAGUGGAUGAUGAUCCAUCGCAUCCUGAACCACAGCUUUGACAAAAAGGGGGAUGUCCACUACCUGAUCAAGUGGAAAGACCUGCCCUAUGACCAGUGCACCUGGGAGAUUGAUGACAUCGACAUCCCCUACUAUGACAACCUGAAGCAGGCCUACUGGGGCCACAGGGAGCUGAUGCUGGGAGAGGACGCCAGACUGCCCAAGCGGCUGAUCAAGAAGGGCAAGAAGCUCAAGGAUGAUAAGCAGGAGAAGCCGCCAGACACGCCCAUUGUGGACCCCACGGUCAAGUUCGACAAGCAGCCAUGGUACAUCGACUCCACGGGUGGCACGCUGCACCCCUACCAGCUGGAGGGCCUCAAUUGGCUGCGCUUCUCCUGGGCACAGGGCACGGACACCAUCCUGGCCGACGAGAUGGGCCUGGGCAAGACCGUGCAGACCAUUGUGUUCCUGUACUCCCUGUACAAAGAGGGCCACUCCAAGGGGCCCUACCUGGUCAGCGCGCCCCUGUCUACCAUCAUCAACUGGGAACGUGAGUUCGAGAUGUGGGCACCCGACUUCUACGUGGUCACCUACACGGGGGACAAGGAGAGCCGCUCUGUGAUCCGCGAGAACGAGUUUUCCUUUGAGGAUAAUGCCAUUCGGAGUGGGAAGAAAGUGUUCCGCAUGAAGAAGGAAGUGCAGAUCAAGUUCCACGUGCUGCUCACCUCCUACGAGCUCAUCACCAUCGACCAGGCCAUCCUGGGCUCCAUCGAGUGGGCCUGCCUCGUGGUGGACGAGGCCCACCGGCUCAAGAACAACCAGUCCAAGUUCUUCAGGGUCUUGAACAGCUACAAGAUCGAUUACAAGCUGCUGCUGACGGGGACGCCCCUUCAGAACAACCUGGAGGAGCUCUUCCAUCUCCUCAACUUCCUGACUCCAGAGAGGUUCAACAACCUGGAGGGUUUCCUGGAGGAGUUUGCUGACAUCUCCAAGGAGGACCAGAUCAAGAAGCUGCACGACCUGCUGGGGCCCCACAUGCUCCGGCGGCUCAAGGCCGACGUUUUCAAGAACAUGCCGGCCAAGACGGAGCUGAUCGUCCGCGUGGAGCUGAGCCAGAUGCAGAAGAAGUACUACAAGUUCAUCCUCACGCGGAACUUCGAGGCGCUGAACUCCAAGGGGGGCGGGAACCAGGUGUCCCUGCUCAACAUCAUGAUGGACCUGAAGAAGUGCUGCAACCACCCCUACCUCUUCCCUGUGGCUGCAGUGGAGGCCCCCGUGUUGCCCAAUGGCUCCUAUGAUGGCAGUUCCCUGGUGAAGUCUUCGGGGAAGCUCAUGCUGCUGCAGAAGAUGCUCAAGAAGUUGCGUGAUGAGGGGCACCGUGUGCUGAUCUUCUCUCAGAUGACCAAGAUGCUGGACCUUCUAGAAGAUUUCCUGGAGUACGAGGGCUACAAAUAUGAGCGGAUUGAUGGUGGCAUCACCGGGGGCCUCCGGCAAGAAGCCAUCGACAGAUUCAACGCCCCUGGGGCCCAGCAGUUCUGCUUCCUCCUCUCGACCCGGGCGGGUGGCCUGGGCAUCAACCUGGCCACGGCAGACACGGUCAUCAUCUACGACUCAGACUGGAACCCGCACAAUGACAUCCAGGCCUUCAGCCGUGCCCACCGCAUUGGCCAGAACAAGAAGGUAAUGAUCUACCGCUUCGUGACCCGGGCCUCUGUGGAGGAGCGCAUCACGCAGGUGGCCAAGCGCAAGAUGAUGCUCACCCACCUGGUGGUGCGUCCGGGCCUGGGCUCCAAGUCGGGGUCCAUGACCAAGCAGGAGCUGGAUGACAUCCUCAAGUUCGGCACCGAGGAGCUCUUCAAGGACGACGUGGAGGGUAUGAUGUCGCAGGGCCAGAGGCCUGUAACGCCCAUCCCUGACGUGCAGCCCUCCAAAGGGGGAGCCCUGGCUGCCAGCGCAAAGAAAAAACACGGCAGCACCCCGCCAGGUGACAACAAGGACGUGGAGGACAGCAGUGUGAUCCACUAUGAUGAUGCGGCCAUCUCCAAGCUGCUGGACCGGAACCAGGAUGCCACCGACGACACGGAGCUACAGAACAUGAAUGAGUACCUCAGCUCCUUCAAGGUGGCGCAGUACGUGGUGCGCGAAGAGGAUGGCGUGGAGGAGGUGGAGCGGGAGGUGAUCAAGCAGGAGGAGAACGUGGACCCCGACUACUGGGAGAAGCUGCUGCGGCACCACUAUGAGCAGCAGCAGGAGGACCUGGCCCGCAACCUGGGCAAGGGCAAGCGCAUCCGCAAGCAGGUCAACUACAAUGACGCGUCCCAAGAGGACCAGGAGUGGCAGGAUGAGCUCUCAGACAACCAGUCUGAGUAUUCCAUCGGCUCCGAGGACGAGGAUGAGGACUUCGAGGAAAGACCCGAAGGGCAGAGUGGACGGCGGCAGUCCAGGAGGCAGCUGAAAAGUGACAGGGACAAGCCUCUGCCCCCUCUUCUUGCUCGAGUUGGUGGCAACAUUGAGGUCCUGGGCUUCAAUGCCCGACAGCGGAAGGCCUUUCUGAACGCCAUCAUGCGCUGGGGCAUGCCGCCCCAGGACGCCUUCAACUCCCACUGGCUGGUGCGAGACCUCCGCGGGAAGAGUGAGAAGGAGUUUAGAGCCUAUGUGUCCCUCUUCAUGCGGCACCUGUGUGAGCCGGGGGCGGACGGCGCGGAGACCUUUGCGGACGGCGUGCCCCGGGAGGGCCUCUCCAGGCAGCACGUGCUCACGCGCAUCGGGGUCAUGUCACUGGUUAGGAAGAAGGUCCAGGAGUUUGAGCACGUCAACGGGAAGUACAGCACUCCGGACCUGGUCCCCGAGGGACCGGAGGGCAAGAAGCCUGGAGAGGUCAUCUCCUCGGACCCCAACACGCCGGUGCCCGCCAGCCCUGCCCAUCUCCCCCCAGCCCCACUGGGCUUGCCAGACAAAAUGGAAACACAGCUGGGCUUCGUGGAUGAGAAGGAGCCAGUGGUGCAGAAGCCAAAGAAGCCCUUGGAUGUCCAGGCCUGUCCUCUCCAGGCCCCGUCAACUGCCCUGGACAGAGGGGAGGGUGAGGACAAGCACGAGAGCUCAGACAACAAGGAGAGAGCCCGAGAGGAGCGGCCAGAGGAGGUGGAGAAGGCCCAGCCCUCCCCGGAGCAGCUGCCCAAAGAGGAAGUGCCUCCUGAGAAAGAGAGAGCUCUGGACAAGCUGGAGCUAGGCUUGAGUCACAGCAGAGGGGACGGCAGCGACUGCAGGCCAGAUGACCCCAAAGCUGAGGAGAAGGAGCCCGCUGAGACGCAGCAAAACGGUGACAGAGAGGAGGACGAUGAGGGGAAGAAGGAAGAGAAGAACGGGAAGUUCAAGUUCAUGUUCAACAUUGCCGACGGGGGCUUCACGGAGCUGCAUACCUUGUGGCAGAAUGAGGAACGUGCCGCUGUGUCCUCGGGAAAGAUCUAUGACAUCUGGCACCGGCGCCAUGACUACUGGCUGCUGGCGGGCAUCGUGACGCAUGGCUAUGCCCGCUGGCAGGACAUCCAGAAUGACCCGAGGUACAUGAUCCUCAACGAGCCCUUCAAGUCUGAGAUCCACAAGGGCAACUACCUGGAGAUGAAGAACAAGUUCCUGGCCCGCAGGUUCAAGCUGCUGGAGCAGGCGCUGGUCAUCGAGGAGCAGCUCCGGAGGGCCGCGUACCUCAACAUGACCCAGGACCCCAACCACCCAGCCAUGGCCCUCAACGCCCGUCUGGCCGAGGUGGAGUGCCUUGCCGAGAGCCACCAGCACCUGUCCAAGGAGUCCCUUGCCGGGAACAAGCCUGCCAACGCUGUCCUGCACAAGGUCCUGAACCAGCUGGAGGAGCUGCUGAGUGACAUGAAGGCAGAUGUGACGCGCCUGCCCUCCAUGUUGUCACGCAUCCCCCCGGUGGCUGCCCGCUUGCAGAUGUCGGAGCGCAGCAUCUUGAGCCGCCUGACCAACCGUGCCGGGGACCCCACCAUCCAGCAGGGCGCUUUUGGCUCCUCCCAGAUGUACAACAACAACUUUGGGCCCAACUUCCGGGGCCCUGGACCGGGAGGGAUUGUCAACUACAACCAGAUGCCCCUAGGGCCCUAUGUGACUGAUAUCUAGCCGUCCCUGUGACUUCCCCCUGUUGCAGCGCUCAUUUCCAGCUGAGCCACACUUACCGGGCCACCUGCCUGACCCCCACGGGAGAGAAAAGCUGCUGCCUUUUUAGAACCGGUGCCACCUUGGGACAAAAGGGAAAUGGAGAAGUGCCAUCCUCUCACAGAGAACGAGGCCUAGCCUGGCUGGCCAGAGCCCAGAGUGCCACCUUGUCGUAAUUGAGUUCUUCCACACAGCGUCACACCCACUGCCAUGCUGGACAUGCCCUCUCGCCACCUUUUCCAGACGACUUCCUAGAGAGAUUUCAUUUAUCUGUACAUCUUUUGCACUUUCCUAUUGAAGAUUCGGAUGAAUUUGUCUUGAUAAAAGUUGGAUGACGUAUGGAAGAUUCUGAGCACAGCACUCACGUCUCGUCACCAGGCUCCAGACCUAAGGGGAAGCUCCCUGGAGGCCCUGGCGCCACCCUGCAGGCUCAGCCCAGCUGGGGAGAACUCAGUGUUUCCUGCCCCGUCCCGCCUGCCCUCCUGCUGCAGCCCCUGCCUGCCUGGUACCCCCAGAACCAGGUGGGCCAGGUGGGAGAGGGGCCACCUUGCUCUGACGGAGGAGAUGCUGCUGAUGCUGGAUCAGACAGGGUUUUCCUGUCUCCUUCCUGCCCGGGAUGGAGACCACCAGGUAGAGGCCGUCUUCUGGGGGAUACAUGUCUGUCCCUGGCCCAGCAUGUCCUGAAGGUUGGGCUCUUGCUACCAGCAGAGAGGCCCCAGAGGUACAUGGCAGGCUUCAGCGUGUGCGGCCAGGGAGGAGGGGCAUGAGUCUGCCGGAGCCACUGCAGGAAGGGACGGAGGUUUGCCAUCUGCUGGGGGUGGUUAUGGGCAGGUGAGAGCUGUGUCCUGGUAAGGAGGGACCUGGUCUUUGAUGGCCCAGGAGACCCUGCCUUGUCCUGUGUCCUGCGAGGCCUGUCCACCCACCUUUGGGUAUAGACGUUUCUGUUCUGGGCCACAGAUGUGGAGGAAUCAGGCAGACCCCUGAGGCCUGGACUGUCCCCUUCUCUGUCCCUGGGGGGUCCUCCAUCUGGGCUGCCCUUAAUGAGUUCUUGGAGGGUGUGGGAAGAGCUCUGCGGGGAGGCAGGGCACUGGACACUCAGUGGCCUCUAGACCCUUCUUAGCAGGAGCCUUCCUGCUUCUGCCUCCUCUGUGGGAAUGCCGUGGAGCCCCUGCCCUUCUUCCCACCUGUGCCUGGUUGGAAUCCAGCUCCACCCUGGCUCUUCCCCGCCCUCAAGACCUCAUAAUGCCCCGACGCAGGAUGGGGGUCAGUGGGAGCUGGCCAGGCCUUGUGCCUGUUGUCUAACCCUCCCACUGGCCCAGCGUAGCGGACAGGGCUGUGCAGCCUUGAGCUGGAGCCUGCCGGGGGGGGGUCCUUUAGUGCAGAAGGAAACUCACUGAGGAACUGGCUGGGCCUGGGGCCAAGAGGGGCUCAGACUCCACUCCCUGGGAGAGGCAUGAGGGACGUGGUGUCUCUGGGCCUGUCGGGGACAGAAGUGAGGCCAGGGGCAGUAGUCAGUCUCAGCCUCAUCUCAUGGACACUUGGGCAAAUGCCCGGCCCUCCCUGAGCUCCAGGUUGCUCAUCUGUAACAUGGCUUUUUCUCUGAACCCCUGGACCAGACCCCAAGGCCCCUUGUUCCGGUCUUGAGAGCAGGGGUGGGCCAGGGGAGGAGAGCCCCGGAGGCGGAGAGGGUUGGGUGGUCGGCAGGCUUGAGCAUGCAGAGUUCCCGGGGUGGCUGCCCCGCCUCCCAGGAGGGUGGCCCUUGUCCUCACAAGUCCCUGUGGUCAUCUAGCACCACCAUCCUCUGGUCAGCGCCCCUGCAGCCUCCUGGCUCAGGCCAGAUGAGAAGACCUGCCGCGAGCUCACUCCCCAACCCAGGGCCACUGUGAUGUCAUCCUCAGUGGGUGGACAGUCAGCCCCUGGGUGGCCUCUGGGACAGCCCCGGCCCCGCCCCAGUGCAGGGUCCUAGGCCAGUUGAUGACCCUCUCCCUUGCCCCUCCCAAGGGCUGGUGGUCUCCCUGGUUGUGACUCCUCCCUGGAAACCUUGCUUGGUCCCUCUCUCUGCUUCUUCCCAGACCUGUCCAGGGGACCCUUGUCCCCCUUCCCUGCUGGGCUGGAGGUGGCCCCCACAGCCAGCCUGGCCCUGGGAAGAGCGUGUUCUCCAUGACCAGCACCCAAGACACCCGGGAGGGUGGGCUGCCGAAAGUGGGGCAGGAAAGGUUUUCCAGAUGGUUCUCAUCCUGGUUCCUCAGUAACUUCCUGCCAGAGCUGUGGCGGGGAGGGAGAGCCCGGGGGAGGCCUGCCUUGGCCUCUUCAGGCCGUUGGAUUUGCCCUGGAGAUGGCCGCCCUUGAGCCCCAGGGCAGCCUGCCUUCCUGGUCCCAGCCCUCUGUUUUGUCCAGUGUGGGGGUUUGUUGAGCUGCCUUUGGGCCAAAGGGCUCAGCGGUCUGCCAGGUGGCACUGGCCUUGGGUUGGCGUGGCCACUUCUGAGGGCACCUUCCCUCACACCUGCCUCCAGGCUGCUCUGUCCCCCUGGGGCCAGGCGGGAGGAGCCUCCCUGAAGAGCGGCCGGAGGAUCCUGUCUCCUGCAGCUUUGGCUUCUCCCAGAGGCAGGCCCCAUCCCUUGUCCCACAGCUAGGUCCUCCUGUGGCUGGGCUUCCUUCCCAGAGUCCACCCAGGCCCAGGGUUGACCAGGACUCGGCCUGCAGAUCCCAGGGCCACUGAGGGACUGAGGGGUGGACCCGUGGCCUCUAGUGUGCAUGGGGGCCUGGGAGGGCGAGGCCGACCCACCCCCCUGGCCUCGCCGUCCCGGUGGCCUGGUUGUAGCUUCAGGUGGACGGUGCCCCAGCCCUUCUGCACAGCCUUGGCACCAGGGGGAGCCGCUGCUCCUGCUGGUCCCCGAGUUCACAGGUUGUGGCCGUGAGCCCAAGGCGUGGGGGUGGUUGUGUUUAUGGAGUUUUUUCCCCUUAAGUUUCAGAUUUUUUUUUAAACAAAGUAUUUUUUUAGGUGCGAUACCCAGAAAGGGCCCGUUGGGUGUGUGUGUGUGUGUGUCCCGACUCCUCGCACGGAGGUUGGCGCCCCCGCCUUGCAGCUCCUGCUGGCUUGGCCUGGAGAGAGGAGGGAAGGCCCGCCUGGGCGGCGGAGGAGGGACUUGCCUGCCCAGGCCCCUGGCCCAGGCGCAUCCUCAGGCUGGCCAAGGGAGGGCCUGGCACUCUGGGCCAGCUAAGAGGGUCUCUCCUGCUGCGGGGCCCCUAGUGGGGCAGGGGUUGAACCUUGGACACCAAGUUCCCCGGGGGUUGUGGCUCACCGUCUCCUGCAGGAGGCUGGCAGAGACCACAGCCAACACAGUCACCUUUUCUUUGUACUCUGCGUGUAUGUUUUGGUUUCUGUGUUUUAAUAAACCCUUUGGGAAGGGA